ACUACGUCCAUGAUACGUUCCAAUUACCGAAACUGAAAUAAUUAUAAUUCUAAAUUGAAAUAUAAUUUUGUAGGAAAGUUCCAAUAGUUGGUAUAACGGCGUUAGGUCUAGACCACACCUCUAUACUGGGUGAUACACUGGAACGGAUAGCGGCCGCGAAGGCCGGCAUCAUGAAACCUGGCUGCGAGGCGUACACAGUGCACCAGCCGCCAUGCGCCAUGGAAGUACUCACUGACGUCGCACAACAAGUCAAGUGCACUCUCAACAUAGUUCCUAAAUACGACGAUUAUAUCUUUCCGAAUGGGUAUAAAAUAACACUUCAAGCGAAUCUCGAAGCCUAUCAGACUAACGCCUCCCUGGCUAUACAAUUGGCGCACAGUUGGCUACGGCUGGCUGAACAACGAUUGUUCAGUAACACCAAUAUUAAUAUGGAAAUCGUUAGUGGUAAAGUAGUACGAAAUGGUUAUAAAGAAUUCGACGCUCCAUAUCGAACAAACGGUCGUAAAUGUUUGAAUGAAGUCGUGUAUGACACCAUGACUACUCAAAUUCCAAUGGAAACGGCUUUAGGUCUGAAGGAAUGCAAAUGGCCCGGCCGCUAUCAGAUAGUGGAAACCAGCUACGCGACUUUCUUCUUAGAUGGAGCACAUACUAAAGAAUCCAUGGAAAUAUGUUUUAAAUGGUUUACAGAGAACAAUAAGUAAGUGUGCUGUAGUACUAUGGUUUUAUUUGUCGUCAAUAGAUAGUUUUAGGGUGUGUGCAUUCAUUUCAAG